GUAGGCUCAGGCAGCAGCAGCAUCACAAAGGUUCAGCUCCUCCCUGCUGUAUCCUGGAGAGACAGAAGGAAGGAGGGAGGGAGAGCGACAGGGAAAGGAUCAGGGUCAGAUGAAUACCAGUGUGAGUGUGAUGAAGGCAGCAAAUGAAGAGGAGACUGUGUGUACAUGUGUGUGAGAGAGGACGAAUCAGGGAGGGCUAGAGAGAAAGAGUUGGAGGGGGGGUGGGGGGCAUUGUGUACGUGAAGGAGACAGAGAGGAAACCCAGACAGGAGGAGGAAGAGGACCUUACAGGGAGGAAGGAAAGGGGGGCAAGAGGGAAAAAGACAAGACAAGAGGACCCAGAUUAAGAGGGAAGAUGGCUGAGCCGGAGCUGAAAUCCAGGAGCAGCCGAGAGAGUGUUGCCAAGGCAGCGAGCCAGGAAAAGAUAGGGGCAGUUGAAACAGAACCAGACCAAGAUGGUCUGAUUGUAGAGCAGCCAGCGUCUAGAACUACCCCCAUGGUCGCUUCUCCCACUAGCCCUACGACAGACUCUGUCAAAGGGGAGAAGAUCGUGCUCAAACGCAGCAUCACCCUCUUCAAUGGAGUGGGGAUGAUUAUAGGCACCAUCAUCGGCUCAGGCAUUUUCGUCACCCCAACAGGUGUUGUCAAAGAGACUGGCUCAGCUGGGCUCUCCCUGAUCAUCUGGUCUGUCUGUGGAGUGAUCUCCACUAUGGGCGCCCUAUGCUACGCCGAGCUGGGCACCACAAUCACCAAGUCUGGUGGAGACUACACCUAUAUCCUGGAGGUGUACGGCGAACUGGCGGCUUUUCUAAAGCUGUGGGUAGAGAUGCUCAUCAUCCGACCCUCAUCCCAGUAUGUGGUGUCUCUGGUGUUUGCCACCUACCUGCUGAAACCUCUGUAUCCAAACUGCCCCGUGCCUGAUAGUGCCGCCAAGCUCAUCGCCUGCUUGUGUCUAACCUCCCUGACGUUUGUAAACUGCAUCAGUGUGAGAGCGGCUACCAAGGUGCAGGACUUGUUCACAGCUUCCAAACUGGUAGCCCUGCUCAUCAUCAUCCUCUUUGGCUUCAUCCAGAUUUCAACAGGUGAUGUGCCAUACCUGACACUAGAGAAGUCAUUUGAAGGCAGCAAACUAGGAGUGGACAACAUUGUCUUGGCUCUGUACAGUGGUCUCUUUGCUUUUGGAGGCUGGAAUUACCUGAAUUACGUGACAGAGGAGAUGAUCGAUCCAGAGAGGAACUUGCCCUUGUCCAUCAUCAUAUCAAUGCCUAUAGUGACGGUGGUGUACGUUCUGACCAACCUGGCCUACUUCACCACCAUCUCCCCUGAACAAAUGGUGGAUUCGGAGGCUGUUGCCGUGAGUUUCGGGGAGUACCAUCUUGGUGUGAUGUCCUGGCUGAUUCCUGUCUUUGUGGGAUUGUCCUGCUUUGGAGCCGUCAACGGAUCCCUAUUUACCUCAGCACGGUUGUUCUAUGCUGGAGCUCGCGAGGGUCAGCUCCCUGCAGCUCUGGGUUUGGUCCACACAGACGUCUUCACACCGGUGCCGUCCCUCAUCUUCACAUGUUUGCUCUCCAUGAUGUACGCCAUCUCCAAGGACAUCUUCUCUGUCAUCAAUCUCUUCAGCUUCUUCACUUGGCUGUGCGUGGGUAUGGCCAUUGCCGGCAUGCUCUGGCUGCGCUUUACCAAGCCCGACCUCAGAAGGCCCAUUAAGGUGUAUCUGUUCAUUCCUGUGACCUUCGUUUUGGGCUGUGUCUUUAUGAUCUUGGUGUCCUUCUGGGCAGCUCCCUUUGAGUGCCUGAUAGGAACCAGCAUUAUUCUCACAGGCAUCCCAGCGUACCUACUGGGCUACAAAUGGAAAAAACCCCAUGUGGUUAAGAAGAUGCUGGAAAUCUUCACCAUGUUCUGUCAGAAGAUCUUUAUGUCUGUUCCUGAGGAGAGGGAGCAGCAUGAGGCAACUGAAUAACGCUGGACAAACUGAACUACAUGAAGUACUGACUGUCAAUAUUUUCAUCUUCAUAUGUUUACAUUCAUUCGCUUGUGAUUUGGCUUAACAGUUUUGUUGUGAAACUUUAAAUAACCAGGCAGGUAACUGUGAAACAAAUUUGUAAUGAGCAAGUGCAGCCUGGAAAAUGUUGACAAAGGAGUGUUUACGUAUGCUGUUAUUUAGCCUACAGAGUAUGAAAAACACAUUUAGUUUAAACUGAAAAAUGUUUAAAUUGGCAUAAAUAAAUGUCAGAUUUUGACAUUUCCUUCUUGCUGUUCCUUUAAAUUUCAAGGUAAUAUUUCCUUAAAUUUAUUAUGAUGUUAGUAAGUUAAUGGAGAGCUAUGCUCUCAUCAUAAAUGUGAAGAAGUUUUGCAGGAAUACAUACUGUAUUUAAAUGUGUCAGUUGAAUACAAUUUACUCUGGUGGCCUAAAAUGUACAAGUUAAUUGUUCAGCCAAAGCGUACAAAUGAGAUUACGAAGACAAGAAAUUUGACAAAGACUAACAAUCAGCUACACAUAUUUUUGUUUUAUAGUUUACAGUUUUUAAACUAUAAAAACUAAUCAUCUAACAGUAAAGAUUUCUUUUAGUAGACUAAUUUACAGUAAAAAGACCUCACUUAGAAACUGACAGUGUACAGUGUAUAAACAGGGUCAGGGUUGGAAGAGGAAACAAGCAUAGCACUGAUAACAUUAUACUCAUACACUACUAAUAUUUGUGUUAAUUUGUAUUCAUUUGUGAAAUUAAGUCCCAGCACCAUGUAAAAUCACAAGCUAAAGUGAGAUAAAACAUUGCAUAUGUCUUGUUUCCUGAAUAUGUGUUCCUGUGAAGUAGGUCUGUUUGCCAGAGUCAGCGCUCUACAUGUGACGAUAUUUGAUGAAAUGACUGUGGAUACCAGCAGCUGUUUGUGGCAUUAUUAUAAGAAUCUGCAGAACUACUUAUAUGUCCUUCUGGUUGUAUUUUAAAAAAGCACCAUUGUAGUUUUAGUGUUUUGUAUUGCUUGUACCUUUGAUCUGUGCCGGCCAUGUCAGUGCUGAUAUUCCAUUUGUUCUGUUUUAUUGUUGCUAUAAGACCAGAAUGAAUGUUGCAAUUGAAGUGACAUCAGUUUUGCCUUUAUAUUUUGCAGAUACAUUUGUAUUUUUAAACUGAACAUGUGAGGUUAACCUCGAAGUUAUUGAUAGCACUUUUCAAGUCUACUCAAGAUACCAGAGGAAAAUAUAGGGAGGUUUUGUGUGUUGGGAAAGGCUUAUAAUAGGGAUUCCCCUUUAACCUCACACAGUUUAGGUUUUGCCAUUAGAUCUACCAUAAUGCUGUUAAAUAUGUUAUAAUAAUCCAUACUGAUUGAAGACACAAAAUAAAAAGAUACGAGCCAUUCCUCCAAAAUACAUUUUAAGUAAAACUUCCGAAUUUCUCAAAAGCGCAAAACGCAGACCAUGAUGUAUACAGUUAACCUCCAACGUUUCAUUUAACUUCUCAACAGAUAAAAUGUGGUCCUUCUCAGUCCUCAAAUAUCAUUGUGUUAGCAAAGGAAUUUGGACCAAGGCUCCACAACAUAGUGGACAAUAAUCAAGGUCAAGGUUAAAAACACCACCAUCUACAUCUAAAGGAGAUGGAAUAUAUGAUAUAAAAGUUUAUUGAACAUUUUGGAACAUAAUGCACCUUUUCCACCACACAAUUUAUCAAUGUUCGACUGUCAGAUAGCUAUGAGCACAAUAGUUCAAGAAUUAAUUAUUCAUGUGCCCUUUAUUUAAAUCUAUAAAAACAGACAUUUUACCAUUGAUUCACAGUAAAAAAUGGUUUAUAAAGACCACCUCAUAUAUUUCAUGUCAUGUAUACUGUAUCUUUACGUACAAAGUGGUACUGUUGUAUGAGUAAAUAAGGCCUUUAAAUGUAUAAACCUAAUACAAAUGCUACUGAGAAAAAGCUUGUAUAGCAAAUUUUGUAUCUCAAAAAUGUACUUGUCAUUUGUUGCAGGUGUUGUAUGUCAGGGACGUUGGCGGCGGGUACCUGUAACAAUAAACAUAUUUUUGUUCAAAGUUG